AUGCCGUCUGGUAUUUGGAAUAUCUUGCUUUUACUUAUCGUUUCGUACAGCUUUUGUGCCUCCGAUUCGAUUGAUCCGCAGGUCGACAGGCAAUCAGGAUCUUCCUUAUCGGAUAUCGUGCAAAGAAACCUCGAAUCGGUUGAUGGAAUUCUCAAUAAUGAGAAAAUAAGCAAAGAAGGCAGUUCCGUUCGUAACAGAGGCCAACUAGGAUUUAACGAGCAGAAACAAGACGAGAAGAGAUACAACGACCAAGAUACGGUCCGCGAAGGAUUUGACAAAGAAAGACAUAGUUUGGGCGAAUCCGAAGCCAUCGAUCAGGGGAAGAAUUCUUUUCAACGGCGCGGCAGUUUGUAUUACAAAAAAGGUUUCCAGAGGACCGGUUUUAGUAACAACUACCAUAAGGACGAGUCGGGAAAUAAUUCGAGCUUUUAUGAGGAUAGCAACGACGAGGGGGGCCGUAGGUCGUCAGGAAAUAGCGAUGAUUAUUAUAGGCAAAAAUCGCUGGAUUCGUUCAAAGACGGUGCGCACGAUGUUUCCUAUACCGGACGAGACCGAAUCCAUCAGGGAAUCUAUGACAAUAGAAAAAAUAUGAACGCGUAUCGCGAUUAUCACGGAGGAUAUCACAAUGAUUUGUACACAGAAGAUGGAAGAAACUAUGCGCAAGAAAAGCCGGGACGUUAUUUUGAUCGCAAUGGCAAAGAGAUUUAUUAUUACAGGGACAAGUUACAUCCAAGUAGUCGUUUUCGUAAUAAUCGCUACGAACUACUGUACAGGGAUUAUAACGUAGAUAAAUUACCCAGAGAUUACUACAAAGAAGAUCCCUAUGUUGUACAUUAUUUAAGACAUGAUCGAUAUUUUCCCAGUCGGCAAAGGGAUUACGAAUCAGAACUGUUUUAUCCUCGCAAUAGAAAUUACGAUAGAAUCUAUCGCGGUGAUUCGUACGAUGACGAAUACCUAAACAAAUACAGAAAUAGUUUUAGCAGUGGAUAUUAUCAAUUUUAAGAUGAAAUUUUGUGAUAUCAUAUAAUAUACAAUAUGGAAUUGAAAGAGCAGGUAAUGGAAUAUUUCGGCUGGUGGUAGUUGUUAUACAUUAAAAAUAAUAAAAUUCUACUGUUUCAUUUACAUGAAAAUUAUUCUCCAUAAUUUGAAUCUUUCGCAUUUAUUGCAAUAUGGUAUAUACCAGAAGGUCCACUGCUGCCAUAAGUAACGGAUACGAUAAAGUCUCUGUAACUUUAUUACGUUCAUUAUGAGAAAUGAUAUUUUAAACGUUGAUAACCUUAUAGCGACCUUAAAUUUUAUGCAAGGAUCCUUUUGCGACCGAAUCGUUCAUAACUUACGGCUAGUACUUGGUUGCAUAUUUAUGGCGUUAUCGUAAAAGAUAAAAUGAAGCAUAGUCAAAUAAACGUUAAAAGCGUUCGUACAUGUCCGUACAACCCAAACAUAUUCAGGAUCUAAAUGGUUUUUUUCGUUCAUCGCACAAAAUGUUUACGAAUAGUUGUUGAUAAUUUCGAUGCCAAAUUGUAAGAAUUGUAGCAUAUGAAAAUUGUUUACGUUAAAAGAAAUUUCAAUCGCAUUAUCGUGACUUUUCGAGUAACGACCUUGGAUCGAUCACGUGUUCAAAAACAUAGUAACUUUUCACGAGAAAUGCGUCUACUACAAUCUACUCGUUUAUCAGCAGUCAAUUGCCAACAGACAAAUUGAAAAUAUUUCAACGUUUCGCCGCAAGUGGCGCGUCGUUCGGUAAUUCGUGACGUAAUAGGAAAUACUCGAUAGUCAGAGGUCUGGGGGUCUGCUGUGUGACCUUGCAGUGUUUGUAAACAGACACACGUUGUUGCAAAGUGUCGAAGAUAAGACGGAAUCGGGAUUGAAGAAAGCGUGUCAGGAAGGGAUUCUCUUGGGAAAGGUUGAAAAGAGGCAAAUCGAGGGAAAACAUGGAGGUGGAGCCCAUGUGUAUCGCGGAAAACGAAA